AAAUGUCAAAUGUGAAAUAGGGUUUGGAUUUUCGGUAAACAUACAAAUAUUUCAGAUGAACUUAAAAAUUCUUUUCAAUAUGAAUUCAUAAGAGAAGUGAACUGCACUCUGGCAAAGAUGAAUUUCCACAUAUUCGGAACAAUAUCGAGUAAAACCCAAAUGGUUCAAAGUAAACAUUUUAUUUAUUAGAAGUGAACACCCUAAAGUAACUGAAUUUUAUUAUGGUGGACUAUUUAACAGGCCGCUAUGUUCCCAUCGUUGUUUUUCAAAUAAUUCUGUUGGUUACUGACCUGUUGAUUAACAUUGUGUCUAUAAUUUUGAGAUCUUAUAAUGCGCUAAUACUAGUGUUUCUAAUAAUUCAGAUUUUGUGCAUCAUCCUGGCUUUUUCCACAAUAUUUAUCCUAUUCUUCUCCACUUACGUAUAUCAAGUUGGACUCAUCGAACUCUUACAUGAAAGAUUCAAGCAUACAAUCAUUGUGUGCCUGAUUUAUUUUUUAGCAACUUUAGGUAUCAAUAUUUGGUCACUUCUGCUCAGAUAUAAUGAAACAUUCACUGGAAAUUGGCCUACAGAAUUCAUAGUCUUCUACAUACUUCAUCGACUUUUUGCUCCAUUAUACUAUUACGAGUUCAAGAGGUGUUUCCUGCGAAUAAGUGAUCCCCGUUUUUAUGAAGAUAGUCGUUAAUGAUAAAUUGGAUUAGUUAGAGAUCUCAGGAAGAAAAACUCAGAGAAUUGCAUGAAGUUUCAUUUUCGUUGAGUAUUGAAUAAUUUCAUUGCGUGAAUUAUUCUUUGUCUAGUCAUUUUAAAUGAUUUCUAGUCGAAUGUGAUAUUUUCAUUUAUUUUUGGAAUGAAUUUUAAGAUUGGAUUUAUUCAAUUAUAUGUGAUCAGAAACUUUAUCUAUAUUGAAGUGUUCAUAUCAUCUGGAUAUCAGUAAAUGUGAAAAUAAA